AGGGCGCGGGCAGCACUGUUCUGGUCAGAAAAUGUCCGUGCUUGAAACCCUCUUUAAAUACAUUGAUGAACACCAGGACCUCUAUAUUCAGCGGCUGGCUCAAUGGGUGGCAAUCCAGAGUGUGUCAGCAUGGCCGGAGAAGAGGGCUGAAAUCAGACGCAUGAUGGAGCUGGCUGCAAAGGAUAUUGAGCGACUGGGAGGCACAACCCAGCUUGUGGAUAUUGGGAAACAAAAGCUGCCUGAUGGAUCAGAGAUCCCUCUACCACCAAUUGUUCUGGGAACCCUUGGCUCAGAUCCACACAAAAAGACAGUGUGUGUAUAUGGUCACCUGGAUGUUCAGCCAGCAGCACUGGAGGAUGGCUGGGAUAGUGAGCCCUUCACACUGGUAGAAAGAGAAGGAAAGCUGUAUGGGCGAGGGUCAACAGAUGACAAAGGUCCAGUGCUUGCCUGGCUGAAUGCCUUGGAGGCUUAUCAACAAACUAACCAGGAGUUUCCAGUAAAUGUUAAGUUCUGCCUAGAGGGUAUGGAAGAAUCAGGAUCUGAAGGCCUUGAUGAACUGAUUUUUGCUCAGCGAGAUACUUUCUUCAAAGAUGUGGAUUACGUUUGCAUUUCUGACAACUACUGGCUAGGCAAGAAGAAGCCUUGUAUCACCUAUGGCUUGAGGGGUAUCUGCUACUACUUCAUAGAGGUGGAAUGUAGUGACAAAGACCUUCACUCUGGAGUUUAUGGUGGUUCAGUACAUGAGGCCAUGACAGAUCUCAUUACUCUAAUGGGGUCUCUUAUAGACAAGAAAGGGAAAAUCCUCAUCCCAGGCAUUAAUGAAGCAGUGGCACCUGUUACUGAUGAGGAGCUGGCACUAUAUGAGAAGAUUGAUUUUGACCUGGAAGAAUAUGCAAAAGAUGUAGGAGCGACAAAACUAUUGCAUGAUACAAAGAGAAAGAUCCUUAUGCAUAGGUGGAGAUACCCUUCCUUGUCUCUCCAUGGAAUUGAAGGAGCCUUCUCAGCCUCUGGAGCCAAGACUGUGAUUCCUAGGAAAGUGAUUGGCAAGUUCUCAAUCAGGCUUGUGCCAAACAUGACUCCUGAAGAAGUCACAAAGCAUGUUGAAGACUAUGUGAGCAAAAAGUUUGCAGAGCUGCAGAGCCCCAACAAGUUCCGAGUGUACUUAGGCCAUGGUGGAAAACCCUGGGUGUCAGACUUCAACCAUCCCCACUACAUGGCUGGUAGGAGCGCCAUGAAGACAGUUUUUGGAGUUGAACCAGACCUGACGAGGGAGGGAGGAAGCAUUCCUGUUACCCUCACUUUUCAAGAAGCAACAGGCAAGAAUGUCAUGCUGCUUCCUGUUGGAGCUGCAGAUGAUGGUGCCCACUCUCAAAAUGAGAAGCUAAAUAGGUACAACUACAUCCAGGGGGUGAAGAUGCUUGGUGCAUACCUCUAUGAAGUCUCCCAGCUGGAGGACUAAGUUAGACACCUUACCUUCUGGUUUAUGGAUCAGAAGUCUUACAAGUCUUACAUGCCUCCCCUUUUCCAUCAACACUCCACUGCUUUGGUGGGGGUGAGGGAAGCGUGCAGUUCCACUUGACAAAGAACAUUGUAUACCAAAAAUAUUUCUUUAAAUGCUUACUUCAAAUGACACAGACUAUUCUUUAUCUGGCCAGCAGUCCUGAACUGCAUCUUUGUCCCCUCUGUAUCACUUCAAAGUUGUGGUUUGCUGCAUUCAUUUACUCCUCCUGUAAAGCAGGAGGAAUGGUUUGCUCUCAACUGUUUAAGCAGCCACAUCGGUUGCAGAACUGCCAGCCAAGUUUAAGAUUCUUAUUCCUGGAUAUGUCCUGGAAGUAGUCAAAGUGACAGAUGAUGGGGGCUAUACUGGAAUGUGUUCAAGCUGUAGUGAGGCAUCUAUCUUGUUAACUGAGUGAUCUGGAAGAGCCGUUUGUCUCUUACAGUUUAUACCUGCCUGCGGGUUUCAAUUUACAGUGAAUUAGGUUAUAACAAAAGUCACUGUAGUAAUGACUACUGGCCAUCUUUUUGUAAAGCUGCCUUUGUACUCCCUAAAAAGGACAAAUAAUCAUGCUCUAGAGUUUGGCUCUUGGUCUCUAAGGAUUAAAUGAUGACUUGGGUGGGAAAGCAACUUCAGGUAACUGGGGAGGAACUCUUCUAUGGCUAUAGAGGCAGAUGUACAGGCCCUGUAGCCAUGUUGCUCUUCUCAGGAAUCCAAAUUGUAUUCCUUAGGCUCUGGCUCCAUAGCAGCUUGUUGACUUGAAGCAGGUGUUGCUAAAUCCUGCUCUCCUGAGAGAAAACAAGCUCAGAAAAUGUUCCAUUUUGGCUCUGUAAGCCAGGUCAUCACACUGUAGCACAACUGAUGAUACUACAUGGGAGUGGGUGGAAUCUGUAGGCAUAAGUGGGGAGAGAAGAGCAUCACUCAUUGCAACUACUGACUGACAUCCAACUUCCAGCUGUCUUUUGGGAACGUUAAACUCCAACACUUCUGGUAUUAUGUCAAAAACCAAACCCUUUUAAAUGUGUGCUAAUCUGAACUGGAUUUGGCUUGCUGUUUCUGAAUUCCCUGACCAGCACUAGCAGGCUAAGCAAGGUAAGUAUUUCAAGUGAUGAUGCUUUGCUCUGAGAACUGCCUGAGAGCACAGUGCAGUCCUGUAGCCUGACAGAUAGGUGAGCAGCAUGUGAUGCUUCCUCCCUUGGCGGGCAGAAGGCAGGAAUGUCUUGUCUGUCUGGUUUUCACUGUUGCUUCAUCUGGAGUCUUAAUAGCAGAUGGCUGUUGGGGCAGGGGGGAGUCUUCUGUUCUCACUGCGAAGCUUCUAAAACUUCUCUGCCUUGUUUGUUUUGCUCUGUUUGGUUUGUCAUGGAAGUUGAUGACUGGAGAUAAUCUGGUACCAUUAAACUUUGCACUUGCAGCUGA